UCUUCGGCGGCAACGGACGCUCCUUUUCUCUGUUGCCGCACAGCAUUCGUUCGCACGCUUUUCUCGCUACCACCACAAACAUAGAUACAUAACAGUUUAUACAUAUAAUAUAAAUAAGAAGAGGAGAAGAUAACUAAGCACAUACCAAUACAUAAAUCAUAUAGAAAAGUUUAAUAAGAAAAAAUUUCGAGUGAAAAAGUAUAUACUCAGUAGAAACCGCAGUGGUUUUUUCUCUUUGGAAGUAUUCUGCUUUUUUAAAUAUAAUUUGCCGAGAAUAUUUACAAAUAAUUUGCAUGAAAUACACAUCUUGACUCAAACAUUGCCAAUCAACAAUAACAAUACACAUAAAGUGCCAAAAUAACGUAAAACAUUUGAGUCUGCAGCAAGUGAUGAGGAGGAGGGGGAGAACGGAGAGAAAUAGCUUGACAUAAAAAUUCACAGUUACGUCGGAUUUACAACCCGUCGUCAGCCGAGCGAGCUGAUUUCGGCGGGGGAGGUUGCCAAGCACACAGACAACCCACACAAACACACGCACGCAUACAGCUACUCCACCGCACAGCACGAAGCGAGGAGUGGAGUCGCAGUCGGAGUCCUUGAAGCACCGUUAGGCAAUAGAGGAGGCCAGGAAGCAUCUCAGCUCACAAACCACCCCCAAUACCGUGGCCCAAACCGUUGGGUGCGUCGUUAUUCGGCCUGAACGGGAAAAAAAGACCCGCCAACAAAAAAAUAAACAAGCGAAGCCGACGAGCUGUCUGUCUGUGUGCACGUAUGUGAAUGCGUGUCUGUGCCAUCGUAUAGAUUUACCGUUGGUCUGCCUUUCAUCUCGCGUGCUGGUGUGUGUUUUUCUGUGUGCCGCAAUAAAAACAGACGUAAAAGGAAGGAAGGAAGGAUAUUAUGAGGCGGCAGACAAAGAUAGCCGCAUUUGCGAAUAAGUUAUAUCAGCAGCAACAACAGUCCGUCCAAUUUUGUUAAGAUAGAAGCUAGCACUAUGUUUGGAUCCAAGCUGCGCUCCUGGAUGGAGACGCACAUCGUGCGUCCGCGGAAGAAGGGCAGCAAGCACAAGCAGGCGGCCGCAGAGGCUUCGCACAGUAGCGGUAUCACCACUGGGAAUGGCAAGAAGGCGGGCACACUGCCUCCACAGGGCAGCAACCUUACCAGCCCCGUGCUGACAAGUAGCGGAAGCCACAGCAUCGCCAGCCCAGUGCGGAGGCGCGAGGUAUCGCCCAUACAGUGCCAUCCACCCAGUCGUCGGUAUGGAUGGCAGUCACCAGAUGAAGAUUCAUACGUCAUAACAUCACCAAAAUCGGACAAUCUGCUGUAUGCCCCACAAUGCUACCAACCACUUCAGCAGCAACAGCAUCACACCCAUCACCUGAGCGUGCCCAACUGCAAGGAUAUCUCCUGUGCAGAGAAGUCGCCCAGCAAAGUGAACUGUUCCUCUUCGUCCAUUUCGUCGCUUUCCUGGUCCACCGGAUCCAAGGAGCCCUCGUCGGGCAAGCAAACAACAUUCAAAGAGCAUCAGCCCAAUGGGGAGUACCACAUUCCACCCGAAGAGGAAGAUGAGGUGGAGUACGAGGAGGUGGGAGCGCUACUGUUGCGCCCCCAGCCUCCUAUAACGGACUACCAGCGUCCGCAGUCGGAGAACUUGGCCGACAUGCGUCUGAUCUACGAGAAGGAGAGCAAACCAAACUCCAAUCAUGUCCGCUAUGGCCGCCUGCUGCCCUCGAAACUAGCUCCUGCUCAACUGGGAGAGGCUGGGGACGGCCUGACCACUGCUCCACCCAUUCCUCCGGCUGCAUCCUCUGCAUCCGCUGGUUCGAGGAUUCGUACACCACGGGGAGUGCAGCGUACUAAUUUCAUGCCCGGACCACGUCCGCAUAGCCUGCCAUCGCCAGAGAGCGCCUACUCCACGGGAUACUCCACAGAUGGCACCUCUCCAUGCGCCGCCAGCAACUACAAUCCCCCCGAGUACUAUAUAAACAUGCGCUCGGGUACCCACUACUUUCCCAAGAGCAUCAACUCGCUGGCCAUCGAGGCGCAGCGCUACAAGUUCGGCUUGAAUCGCAUCGAGGAGAUGUCACCUAUGGACCCCUUGCCCAAGAGCAACUUCGCCAAUGCCAUUCACGGCCUGGAGUCGUCGCCCAGUCCCCUGGCACUUCGGCAGCAGCCAAAGUUAUUUGAAUUGACAUCGCCUUCACAUGACGGCCAUUUCCCAUCCCCAAUUGCAGCUCCCUCGCCGAGACAGCGCUGUCGCAUAAGGACCAAUCCCUGGUACAACACGGCCGAGCAUUUGCCACCCUCCUCCUCGGCGCCUACGCGUCUAGAGCUGGAUGCCACGAGCACCACCUCCACCACAUCGUCGGGCAUUAAGUCGGGCAAUGAGCUGGAAGUUCCGGCUGCCAAAACAACAGCAAAAGCAGAAACGGUAAAGGGAUCAGCAUAUGCAACCACCACCAGCUGCAAAGGCACUCCCAGAAAGUCAGCUAGAGUGGGUGUGGAGGGUGGCGUUGCACCUGGGGGAGUUGCUUACGAGUCCUCGGAGGGCUCUUCGUCGUCGACUGAAGUGGAAAAUCUGCAUGCCCCACACACCAUAAAGCGGCGCCACUUGGAGCACGUGGAGACGACAACAACUUCGGCCCCGGUGGCUGCUGGCGGUGGAGCUGGAGUAACCACCACCUCCUUCAUGCUCAGCGAUGAUGAGGCCACACUCAACGAGAUGAUUGGCAAGUUUGACGAGAGCUACAUCUACGAAAAGGAGACCGACAUACUCAGCAGCGACUCUGAUCCCACAGAUGACUGUGCCUCGGAGCUGGACACCGGACAGGAUGCUGGCGAUGAGUGUGACACGGAUGAGUUGCUGGACAUCGACUUUAUUGACACCUCAUCCAUGCAGGAGGUGGUCCUCGACCGCCAAGAUCUGGCCCGUAAUCUGGGAAGCUGCCAGUACUACUUCAAUGAGCCCAUCAGUCCCUUGAUCAAGCGCAAGACCUCGACCCGCUCCCGCCGGAAGAGCGGUCAGGAGUCAGCUGAUGGUUUGCAGCAGCGACGGCGUAAGCGCUUUCUCAAGACGCGCAAGAAGAGCUGUGAGAACCGCGAAAAGCUUCCGGCAUCUCCUCUGCGUGAGCCUCGUGGUUCCCGUAGUGUGGGUGGAACGCCAGUCUGUCUGCGUCGUAAGCUGCUAGGCCCCAAGGAGAGGAUCUAUAAGACGUCGCCGCUCUCGAAUCGCUCCAAUUCGCUGAUCUUUGGCAGCAUCACUGAGAAGACCUCGCUGACCAUUGCCGAGAGCGAGAAGGCGCUGCUUAAGGCUGACUUAGAGGCUGACAUCAAGUACAAGCAGCUCAUCAUGGAGGCCGAACAAAUGCUGGAAUCAAUGAGGAACAGCUUGCAGAGUAUACCCCGGGACACACCCGUCGCCAGUCCGAGGCGCGUGAAUCCCUUGGCCAACAAGCGCGUGGAAAUGCUUAAGCACAGCGAGGUUGACUCGAAGAAGCAGCCGGCGCCACCGGCAACUCCUCCGUCGGAGCACGAACUAGCCGCCGCCAUCAAUAAACGUAUCGAGAUGCUGAAGUUUGCAGAGAAUUCUGCGGCGUCGUCGCCACCCAAUAGUCCCAAGCCCGGCCGCUGCAGUCCCCGGAAGACUCAUCUCACCAACUUCAUGAACCAGAAUGCUCCGCCCGAGUUGCCUCCGCGCAAAAUAAACGGCAACCCACCCAUUGCUCCGCUCUCACCGCAGCUGCAGUUAAAUGGGAGGCGGCUCCAGGAGAGUCCCUUGGGCAAGCGACGCAUGAUGACGGUGACGUCGACGACUACGACGACAGUGUUCAGCUUCAAUGACGAUGACUCGGAGUUGGAUUGCAUUGCUGUGGAGGAUGUGGGCAAUAUCAACUCGGAGGAGGGGCCACAGUUGGCACCGCAGAGCAAUAAUAACAAUUUCUAUUGUCCACAUAGUGAGCCGCUGAAGCGAAAGGUCUACAAGGGCAGCUCUUCCUUUGAGCGCAUCAAGAAGAACUUUGACUUGGAGCUAGACAUAAGCGGACGUAGCAAGUCGAACGAACGCUCGCAAUCAAAGUUGUCGACUUCCGUGUCGGCCAAGAGCUCAAUGCAUGAUGUGACCGGUAAUGAGGCGAAGGCCCAGGCAAUGGGUGGCGGAGGCGGAGGCAGUAACCGCAAGCAGCAGUUAAUACUGAGCACCAUUGUGGAUCUGAAGCGAAGUCUGGAGCAUCAGAGCCAUCAACUGAGCGGCCUGAACUGUGACUAGAACUGAGCUUGAACUGACUACAGAGGCUAAGAUCAUCAUUAUCAUACGUAACCCAUGCAUAAUCUAGAUUCUAGACAGUAAAUAGCUUGCUAAGGCCUAAACUAACAAGUCCAACCGAAUCCCUCAGACUAGACACUGAAACUGAGCGCAAUAACUUUCUAAAUGAUAAGAGAACCCGAUUAUUUACACGAUAUCCUCAAGGGCCGCAAUAGAAACUAUGGACUGGUGCAGAAAGUUAUCCCCAAAAUAUCUGUAGAAUGUAGUUUUAAACUUGUUUAUGUUGGAGUAUGUAUGUUUAACUGUAGACAUUUCCCAAGGGUUUUGUUCUUUUAUAUUUCGUUGAUCUGUUCAAACAGGGGGAUAUUUUAUAGACCCAUCUGAGAUUUGAUAUUUUAGUCUGUUGUUUGCCAUUUGAAAUUUAUAAUUCGUAACCAAGUAUUAAUAUUCAUUUAAUUUUUUUACAUGAAUAACAUUCAAAUCAAAAAGUAUUAUUUCGUUGGGUUGCCAAGCUGGAAAGGUGUUCUAAACACCAAAUCCUUGGUGCAUCCUUUAAGUAACUAUCUAACCCACUCAUACCAUACUAUACCAAAAACCUUAGCUUGAAUACGUUGAUCUUAGACAUUAUAUGGAACUACAUGUGUCAAUACUGAUAUACUUAUCCUUAGUUUUACUUAUCGAGCAUUUAUGUGCGAGUGUGGCGACUGAAUCCUAAGCAUAUCCCACAUGAACAGCGCCUACAUUUAGAGAUUUAUACAUAGAACUCUGCUCAUUACUAGAAUGAUUCACUUAAUCAGCAUUAUCGAAGAGUAUUUGGAGCUAGACCUUUAAGUAAACCAAAUUAUUAUCCAUCCAAAUGAAAAUUGUUUGUUUUAGCCAAAUUGUUUGUAGUUUAAUGGAAAAAAACUAAAAUAUUGUUUCCUUAGUUGCAUUGCUUAGUUGAAGAAACUGAUUGAGCGAACCGAAAUCGUAUUGUGUUCUCCAUGAAUUUUAAAUUUGUUGCAAUUGGUAAAGUUUGUGCUGAUUUCCAAUUCGGAUAAAUUGUUUGUAAUUUGGAUACAUCGAUUUUGUACCUACAUGUUCUUUUCUGAAUUACAUAUGUAUUAUUGUGUUGUGUGCCCCAUUAAUAUGCAUAUAUGUAGACGCUAUAGAAUCCACACAUAGCGUACAUAUAUAAUCUAAGUCAAUAAUGUAACGUGAUAAUAAACUUAAUGAAUACCCCAA